AUGGGCGUCAGGGUCGCCAUUCGAGAACAGCUCGCCUUCCUUGUGGUGAUUGCUGUUCUCGUUGCUUUAAUGAUCCUCUCCGUCCCCGUCUGGAUCUACGUCAAUCAGUUUGUCACCCAGGUUGAAGGGCGCGAACUCGCCCUUACUGCUUCGCUCAAGGCCUCACGCAUUUCUGCCGAGCUCGAACUCGUCCAGACAAGCAUCAUCACCAUUUCUUCCCGAAUCCUGAUUCAGAAUUCCUUGUUCACCUUCUACGAUGGAAACACCACAGACGGAAAUUGGGCUCAAGCCAGAGGCGAUCUCAACAGUGCGCUCAGCGUCGGCGGUCUCACGGGUCUAUUGCAAGGGAGAAUCUAUUCGCGGAACAUCACUGGCAACGGCUAUGGUCUACUCAACGUUACUGGAGAAAAGGUUCCUGAAAUCGCUUUGCCAUAUCCUGGCGCCAAUGGCUCCAAAAUUUUCCUUUCCGAUACCGCCGAGGGCUACCCGCCAGCCCUCUACCCGAACAUUACCUACGAAGAUCUAGGCCGUCAGAAUCAGUAUAGGAACAAUACUCGGGCUUAUGCAGCCAACGCGUUCGACGGAGUUAGGAUUUCCACAAAUGGUGGUCUGCUACUUGGCCCUUUGAUUCUCAAUGAGACGACUGCCCUCAUCUCCAUAACCGUGCCGAUUCGCUACAACCAACAGCAGGAAUUCAUUUUAGGGUACAUGACGCUUGUCGCCACGGCGAAUUCUCUUAUCAACAUCCGCAAUUCUCGUGAGGGUUUAGGAGAUACUGGACUGGUGCUGCUCGUCGGGCCUACUGAGAAGUCGAACAGGUUCAAUUCCAGUAAUGCGGUCAGCAACAGUACCUACAAACCACCUACUGACGCACUCAAUAACGUGCCGGUGAACUUUGUCCUUCCACCCAACCCUCUAUCUGGGCAGGGUGACCGGCACGAUGAGAGAAGCUGGUCAGCGGGCAAGGACGACGACCCUUUCCCAAUGAAGGAUUAUCCGGCAGUUCUCGCCUCCUUUAGCAAGCAGAUCGCGGCACCGAACAACUCAAGCUCGAUGCUUUCUACGAACAACGAACAGGGUCUUCCGGUGGCUGUGGGUUUUGCAAGAACCAACACCGCACUCGUUAACUGGACUGUGGUCGUGGAACAAGCCAAGUCAGAGGCCGACGCUCCUAUUGAGACAUUGCGGAAUAUUAUUCUGGGAUGCGUUUUCGGCACCGCAGGCCUCAUCAUAAUCCUCAUCUUUCCUUGCGCGCAUCUUAGCGUGAUGCCCAUCAGGAGACUCAAGUCGGCGACGGAGAAAUCGAUCCAGCCACCGGGAUAUGAGGAUGGAUAUUAUUCCGAAUUCGACGGCGACGAAACUCCUGGAUCGGGCGGAAUUUCAUCACGAACACAACGUUCUAAAAAGGAUGGCAUCAUCACCAGUAUCUUCAAGCUGGUAGGGUACAAGCCCAAGGAGAAACCCGCCUCAGAGCACGAUCGCGAUUCGACCCGACGCAUUUUCAAAAUCCCCGGCAAGGUCACUGACCGGAAACAUUUCAUCACCGACGAAUUGACCGAGCUGACGGAGACCUUUAACGAUAUGAGUGACGAGCUGGUCAAACAGUACCUUUCCCUGGAUCAAAAAGUCUUGGAACGGACCCGUGAACUUGAAAUCAGCAAGAAAGCUGCCGAAGCCGCCAACGAAAGCAAGACGCUCUUCAUCGCAAACAUUUCACACGAAUUGAAGACACCCCUUAAUGGUAUCCUUGGCAUGUGUGCCGUGUGUAUGGAGGAGAGCGAUAUUCUCAGGAUAAAGCAGUCGCUCAAGACACUUUACAAGUCAGGCGACUUGCUACUCCAUUUACUCGAGGAUCUCCUCAGCUUUUCCAAGAACCAGAUUGGGCAACAACUGAAUCUGGAAGAGAAGGAAUUCCGCCUUGCCGACAUUAGAUCUCAAAUCUUGACCAUCUUUGACAAACAAGUCAAAGAAGGCCGAAUUACCUUGACUGUUAACUUCCUCGGCUCUGAAGCGAUCGAACUGAGCAGUAGCCCGGAAAGAACCAGCACCGACAACAGACUACCGGCUCUUGGACCGCAUGGAACCGGUAGACUGAAGGAUAUGUGUCUAUGGGGUGACCAGCAUCGCAUUCUCCAGGUCAUCAUCAACCUAGUCAGCAACAGUGUCAAGUUUACGCCAGCAGGCGGCCGGGUUGAUGUCCGCAUCAAGUGUAUCGGCGAGGUGGAAACUCCACCAGCAAAUGAUGGCAGUCGGUCGUCAUCGUUCUCGAGGGAAUCUAGACGACAGGGCAGAGGCCGACACCGAACGAACAACAGCUCGAAUCCAUCUGUGAGCUCUAGGGGAGGCUCGACUUCUGAACCCGUCAAGGGCACUGCUUUAAGCAUUAACCCGAUGGAGCCCAAGUCAACACCUCACAUUCAGGUUCGGGAGCGAUCUCCUACGCCGCCACCACCUGGUGCAAAGGCCUUUAUAUUCGAGUUCGAAGUGGAAGACACUGGCCCGGGUAUUGCUGAACACAUGCAGCAGAAGGUCUUUGAACCCUUUGUUCAAGGCGACCUAGGGUUGAGCAAGAAGUUUGGCGGAACAGGCCUGGGAUUGAGUAUCUGCCACCAACUUGCAAGUCUGAUGGGUGGAUCUAUUUCGCUGAAAAGCACUGUCGGGGUUGGCACCACGUUCACUAUGCAAAUUCCCUUGAAAUAUGUCAAGGACAGGGCCUCCAGCACCGCUUCUAGCAGCAUCAAGUCUCGGCCUCCAAGUGUCGAUGCCAUCGAAGGCAUCGACAGUGUUCAAAACGCGAAGCGCAACUCCGGCGGGGCCCCCGUCAGCCCACCUAUCAAGCCAGCCGGAGAAACAACUGCAAAGAACCUACUUGAUCAACAACCAAGACUAGUCGGCCUCAGCCAGCCUUUCUUCGCGUCGAACCCAGCGCCUAAAGCCAAGCGGAACACAAAACAGCAGCAAAUGGCAGCCAUCGAUCGGGCAAUGGCUACAAAGGCCAAUAAGGAAGGAAAGCUACGGGUGCUCGUUGCGGACGACAAUUCGACAAAUAUUGAGGUUGUCAGCAAAAUGUUGAAGCUUGAGGACGUCUACGAUGUCACCAUCGCCAAGGACGGCCAGGAAGCGUACGACCUAGUCAAGGCGAAUAUGGAUAAAAAUCAAGGAUUCGACGUAAUCUUUAUGGACAUUCAGAUGCCCAAUCUCGAUGGCCUGCAAUCGACAAAACUCAUCCGCAAGAUGGGUUACAAAGCUCCUAUCGUGGCAUUGACCGCCUUCUCAGAAGAAAGCAACGUCAAAGAAUGCAUGGAGAGUGGCAUGGACGAGUUCCUGAGUAAGCCCAUUAGACGGCCUGCGCUGAAGCAGGUCCUCAAGAAGUUUGCGACGAUUCCGGAAGAGCCCGAAACAGCGAGCUUGUCAAGGAAAACGACACCAGAGAAGCCUACGACGACAAAGCCAGCAGCUGCUAACGGCAGUGGGCCAGCAGUUGCGCCGGAGAUGAACGAGAAAGGGGAUGCGAUCCACCCGGUUGGGAAUGGAGCCGCGGCUGCGCCCUCAUCCGAACAACCCCUAUCGGAGAAGGGGAUAUAA